CUCCGUGGCCGCAUGGCUGGAGUGUUCCGGAGGGUGUCCGGAUUCUUCUCUCGUUCCUCCAGCAGACGCAAAAGACAAGAGGGCAGAGAAGCGAAAGAGGACAGUAAGGAGAGGAAGAAAGGAGGGAAACAGAAGAAGAAAAAGAAACACGAGGACGAAGACCCAGGUGAUGAGAUCAGUAGCCAACAGCCGCGAGACUUGGACUUGGAGACUUUUGCAAAAGAUGGAGACGACAAAGGAGUGAGAAACAGGAAAGACAAGUCUUCAAAACAAUCGAAUAAAGGAGGAACAGAAGAAGAAGAUGGCGCGGAAAGUUCAGCUAAGUACAGUGGCGAUAAAGCAAGAAGUAGUAACACUAACAGCGGGGAUGAUCACGAAGACUUCGCUGAUGGUGGCGGCGGGGGAGGUGCGGAUGGGGCCCAACGCCCACGCCCUACGCAACGCGGGAAUUCCACGCCGGGCGAGUCGUCGUCGGCGGAGCGCGAAAGAGAGAGCCAUCUCGUGUUGGUUCACUCCUCCCGUUCAAACGGCCGCGCGGAGCCCGGGGAUCCUGACGGUGACGGUGGUAAGGCUUCUCACAAAUCAUCAUCGUCAACAGCUGCUGCUGCUGUUGUGAGCGGUGGUGGUGGUAGUGAUUAUUCUUCUAGUGAAUCCGAUAACGACGAGAGUGGUAAUGAGGAUGACGAAAGUGUAGUUGCGGCUGAAGAAGGGGACGCGAAGAACCCGAAUGAUCUGGCUCCCAUCAUGGGAAAAAAGAAAAAGAACAAGAGGACGGCCGACUCUCCGUCAAAGUCCGGCGGUGAUACUACUACUAUUGUCCAGCCGGCCAAACUUAUUGGAGGAGGUGGAGGAGGAAAAGAAACUAUAAUUCACACGGAGGGAUUAUUGCCAGAAGGCAGCUCCGUGGAUGUUGUUGAUAGUUACUUACUUUCUGAGAAGAAUGGAUUAACCAACUCUGGAUUCUCCAAUGACGAGCAAGUGGUCAAGAGUGAACAAACGGACCCGCUGGCUGCGUCAUUGUCCUCCCAGGAAUCUUACACAUCAGGGACCACUACGUCAUCGGCUGGUGACGGGGACACGGCGAAAACCGAGAAUGGGGAGGAAGAUAAAAGCAAAGGGAAGAAAGGUCAGUUCAAACAUUCUCCAGCGUUAAGAAAAAGCUGAGGACUUCCAACCAGGAAUGGAUGCAAGGAUUCCUCGACAACCUAGGACUCGAGCGCCUCCUGGAUUGUGUGGACACAUUCGCGAACAAACGGGUGACCGCACUGUCGGACGCACUUAUCCUCAUCGAGUGUGUGGAAUGUAUCAGGGCCGUGCUCAACUCAAAAGUGGGCGUGUCCCUUCUUGUGCAGAAUUCGGACUAUAGCAGGCGCCUCAUCAAAGAGAGUAUGAAACAGAUGCGCUACAGGUUCUCCCUGAUCAUCAACGAGCUGCGCACGUGCGAGAUGACACCCUACAAGACAACCCUGAUGGCUUUCAUCAACUGCAUUUUGUGCGCCAGUGGGGAGCUGCAUGAGAGGAAUAAGAUCAGGAAUGAGUUUGUGGGU